ACCUAACUUUCCGAAACUAUCACAAUGGUACCUGGAAUUCCCAACCCGACCCAAUAUUCGUACCUGUCGUCCAUGACGGCGUUAAGCGGCAUGCCAGGUGGCAUAUCUUAAGGGAUAUUUUGGUCACUUCAUUCACUUAGACUUUUUUUAAUAUUUUUUUCUUUCCUUUCUCAAUUUUUCUUCUUCUGGUGAUUUCACCAGACCUAUCCUCUCUCUUUUGGGUCCCUAUGCUCAGCUCUCAAACCUUGAGCACCACUGCCAUCAGUUGGAGGAACACCUUCCUCCAUGCCACCACACAUACGGCCAUACCCAUGUCAGGAGCAGCGCCGUUUAGCCAUUGGAUAGCCUACUCGAUUGCGUCUUCAAUCUUCUUCUGGUCUUGUGCCUUGAGCAUGGAAGCAAUCUUCUCAUCUUUAAUGGUUUUCCUCACUUGAAUCUAUAGCUUUGGAAUCAGGAUCUUCUCGUGUUCGCAAUUGAGGCCGGAAUUGGCACCUCCCAAGCUUCCACCUUUUAAGCUAAUCAAAACCCAAAAUUUCCCACAACCCACUUCAUUUCUCCCCUAAAAUCAACCGACCCAAAAACGAUCAGCCCCAAAGCAAACAAUCUCAGAGCUAUUAAACACUACCUUCCCCAGAUUUCUUCUUGCAAUCCCUUCUUUUACACGCAACGGCGAAAACAAGAGCAGAAGACAAAAUCGGAUUAAGUGUGAAGAAAGUGAUUGUGAGAAAAAUUAGAGGAAAACAGAUAAGAGGUUGUCGAGGUCUCUCAAUCGGCUCCGUUGGAGCUUAGACUCCACCAUUGCUGAUUGCUACUUCUCUUUGGUGUCAGAAAGUGAUUUUUGCUAUUAAUUCACUAUUUCACCAUCGUUAAUGGGUGGACUCCACCAUUGUUGAUGGCAUGUUUCCUCCACCUUUGUUGAUUGUUUCUGGGUUUGCUGGAUUUGAAUGGGGACGAGAGAGAGAGAGAGAGAGAGAGAUAGACAAAAGAGGCAAAGAGAGAGAGGGAGAAAGAAAAGGGACUAAAGAAUGGAGCUGGGUAAGUAAAUGACACAAAUACCCAUCAAAUAUGCCACGUGGCAUACGUGUUAACCCCGUCAUGGACGGCGGGUACGUAUAUUGGGUCGGGUUGGGAAUUCCAGGUACCAUUGUGAUAGUUUCGGAAAGUUGGAUAUGAAAAUUUAGAAUGAACCAUAAUUGGAGUACUGUUUGUAUUUUUUUCCCUUUUAUUUUAUUAAGUGCAGUGUUUAUAAAACUAUAAAACUAUACAAGGGGCCCCAAAUUGAUCGGGGAUGGAAAUUUCUUACCAAUUUCCUUUAGAAAUUAUUAGUGGGAGACUUGAAUAAUAAAUUUGGUCGUCGAGUUACUCUUUCUUGGCUGGUGAUGAUGCUUACUUUGUCCUCUAUUGUUGUGGUCGCGGUUCCUCCACCUCAGAGGCAUUAUUAUUACUCACACAGUUAGUAAAGCCAUCGAGAAAGCCAUGGAAUAUGGGGUUUUAUUACUUCACAUACUUUUGUCCACACCUACCACUAGUUCCUUUCACAGUUUCACUGGUGAGGUCGCUAUUAUAUCUCUUUCUAGCUAUUUUCUCAGUUGAUCAUGAUGUGGUCCAUUCAUGUCCGAAAGUCUUUCCACUAUGCACUAGUUUAGAGACUAGCUUAUAGGCUAUAAUCUGUGAGAGAUUGAUCUUCCUGGCUUUAUGGUAGCGAGCUCCAUAUACUUAAACUGUAAAUUUCCUGCAGUGCUCCAUACGUUGAUCGACGACUACUUUCAGACCCCUAGCCUAUAUAUAUGCGCUUCAGGUUUUUACUGACUAAGCAAAAGUGAGCUUUGCUGCAGGCUAGGAGAGUGAUACUUGCUGCUUCAGCACAGCACCAUUUCAUAUCGAUCUGUGCCCGCGCUGGUAUGUUUACACAGUAGGUUCAAUCUGGAAUCAUGUCUAUCCCACAAGAACAACAUGUACCACCUAUUGGGAUCCAAUUAGCCACCACCAUCGACAUUUUGGCAGAUUUACCUAAACCUAAGAGACCUUCGCUUCAUCUACUAGAACACAACAAUAGAGAGCUAUACCUGAAGAUAUGUGUGCCUCUAUAUAAGUAUGCGCUAAAAGGUGAUUGGGAAGCUGCUGAACAAAUCUUGGAAAAGGAUCGGAGACUUUUGAGUGCUAGCAUAUCAAGAGAAUGGGACACUGUCCUACAUAUUGCAGCUGGAGCAAGACAUGUUCACUUUGUGGAGAAAUUGGUCGAAAUCAUGGACAAAGAGGACUUGGCACUCCAAGACAAAAAUGAUAAUACUGCGCUAUGCAUUGCUGCCGCGGCAGGAUCUAUAGAGAUUGUCCAAAUUUUGAUAAAACAUAAUGAUUCUUUGCUGACAGUUCGAGGAGGACAAAAAAUGGCACCACCCUAUAUGGCUGCCAUGUUAGGACAAUCAGAAAUGGCAUGGUAUCUGUACCCUAAAAGUAAAAGGACGCUGGAGAAAACUGACCUCGAAAACUUGUUCUUUUCGUGCGUCAACAAUGGUUUGUAUGAUUUAGCCCUACAGUUGCUAGAUACUGAUACAACAUUAGCCAAGGCACGUACUGAUAUGCCGAAAAAUAAAACAGCCUUGCAUAUCUUGGCUCGAAGGCCUUCAGUAUUUGGAACCCAAUGUCCAGGAAUGUGGGGUAGACUCAUUAAAUCAUCCCUCCCAAGUUUUAAGUUUGGAUUCAAAGGAAAUUCAAAUCAAGCUGAUGAAGCACUUCAGCUAGUCCAACACCUUUGGGAAGAAAUUUUGAAAGAUGAGCAUGAUGACGUGAUGAGUUUGAUCAAAUAUCCCUCAAAUUUAAUAUUUGAUGCAGCAGAAUUGGGCAAUUAUGAGUUUCUGCAAGUGCUUUUGAGCUCUUAUCCUGAGUUAGUAUGGGAAACUGAUGAAAAAAAUCGAACUAUAAUCCAUGUCGCAGUUCUGCAUCGUCAUGCGAGUAUCUUCAAUCUAGUGCAUGAGAUAGGCUCAAUCAAGGAUGUCAUAGUGACUUAUGAGGAUGAUCAGGGUAAUAAUAUAGUGCAUAUGGCUGCAAAAAUAGCACCUCAAAAUCAAUUGAAUCUAGUGUCGGGUGUAGCUCUUCAAAUGCAGCGAGAGUUAGUAUGGUUUGAGGAAGUAAAGAAGAUUGUGCAACCUCAAUAUAUAGAGAUGGAAAAUAAGAAAGGAAAAACACCACAAGAAUUAUUCACUAAAGAGCAUAGGACGUUAAUGCGUCAAGGAGAAAAAUGGAUGAAGGACACUGCAACUUCAUGCUUGCUUGUUGCGACUAUUAUUGCAACUGUUGUGUUUUCAGCUGCAUUUAGUAUACCAGGUGGCACAGAUGAUCAUACUGGAAAGCCAAACUUUUUGAAAGAUAAAGCAUUUUUAUACUUCACCAUAGCCGACGGAGUGGCACUUUUUUCCUCUUCAACAGCAAUGUUGAUGUUCUUAUUCAUCCUCACCUCACGGUAUGCAGAAAACGAUUUCCUCAUGUCCUUGCCCUUGAAGUUGAUGGUUGGACUUACUUGCCUCUUCAUCUCAAUAGCAUCUAUGAUGAUGGCUUUCAGCACUGCCUUCUACUUAUCUAGUCAAUAUGGAUCAAGAUGGGUUCCAGAUCUUACAUUUUUCUUUGCAAUUGUCCCUGUUGCUUUAUAUGCAUUUCUGCAAUUUCCUCUUAUGUCUGAUAUAUCAUCUUCAACAUUUUGUUCGAGUCUUCUAUUUCAGCCAUGGAGACGUAUGAUAUACUAAAAAGUUGCGUUGAUAUGCUGUACAUAUUCUAGCUAGUUAAACCUUUGGUCCCUAGCUACAAUACUGAAGUUAUAUAUUAAUCUAGCUAGAAUAAAGUUGUAAUUACAUAUUGAUCAUCUAUGUUGUACAUGUAAGGGACAAAAGGAUGAACAUGGUAUCAGUUUAACUCUUCA